AUGGAGCAGGUCGCCCCGAUGCCGCAGCUCGGCGGCACGUACGCGCUGGCCGCCUCGCACAACACCAACGCCUGCAUGCUGGCGCUGGGCAUCGGUCUGCUGACGCGGCUGGUGGCCCGCUCCGCCCAGCCCACCAUCGCCGUGUCCGUCGUCGGCGACCACUGGCGCUUCGACCAGGCGAUGGCCGCACGCUCCACCGUGCGCGAGUUCGACCUGGGCGUGCCGCACCGCUUCCGCCGCGCCGUCGACGGCAAGGAGGUGCGCAGCGUGGUCACCCGCCAGGGCGCUGUGCUCACCGAGCGGGCCGUGCAGAACGGCCGUACCACCGAGAUCAUCCGCGAGUUCGCCGACGACCAGCUCCGCAUCACCAUGCGGAUCAGCGACACAGAACUGCGCACCCUUCGGGGGAUUUCUGCCAAAUGA